ACGCACCACCCUAAAUUCUUAAAACAGAUAAAUUUCAUUCGAUCUAUUUUUAAAUUCUAUUCACUACUUUUCUUCAUAUAUAUUUUAUAUCUAAGUUGUGUAUUUUCAGUAGUUUUCAUGGCAGAAAUCACAAGAUAUGAAGGGACCGUGAAGUGGUUCAAUGGCCAAAAGGGUUUCGGGUUCAUUGCUCCAUCAGAUGAGGGUGGUGAUGAUCUCUUUGUCCAUCAGACGGAAAUCAAGGCCGAGGGAUUUCGGUUCCUUAGAGAUGGACAAAGAGUAGAGUUUUCAAUUGAUGUCAGUAGUGACGAUGGGCGAAAAAAGGCUGUGGAGGUUGUGGCUCUUGGUAGAACAAGAACACAUCAACCAGGGCCAAGACGUGGAGGCCGUGGGAGAAGGGGCAAAUAUAGAGGAGGAUUUGAUGGCGGUGCUAGUACUGUAAGAGGUGGGAGGUUUGGAGAGGGUGACAAUAUUGGUGAUGGCGGUGGAGUUGCUAGUCCCGAAUGUUACAACUGUGGACGUGUUGGUCAUUUUGCUAGAGAUUGUUAUCACGGUAGUAGUGAUCGAGGCUAUGACAAUAAUGCUCGUGGUGGUGGAGGAAGCAAUCGUGGUGGCCGAAGUGGAGGAUGUUAUCGAUGCGGAGAGGAAGGACAUUUUGCAAGAACAUGUCCUAAUGACCAAGUGUAAUGAACAUAGAUUGUCCAUAUUUUUUCUCUUUACAAAACGUUACAUGUUUUUUGUUUCUUUAAUAUUUUUGGGGGUAUUUUAUGCAACAAAUGAAUUUUCCGAUA